AUGAGUGGUAAUGAAUCAUCUAAUCAGAUCAAUAGUAAUCAACAAGCUCUCGAUUCUGAAGCUGAUUGUGGUUUUAUAGUUUAUAGAACUCGAGAAAAAGAUCCAAUGGCUAAAUUUAGCAGGACUCGUUCACUUGAUAUGCAUUCCUUGUUCUCAACAAUUCAUGAUGAAAUAUCUGGAAAGACAGUAACCGACACUCGACAAGAUGUUUAUACAUCUGUUGACGAUAUGUCAACAUCUUGUUUGACACAACCAUUUCUGCACCAAACUCCUAGACCUACAAAGAAACGGUGGUUAUCUCGGGCUCUAAUGGAGGAAGAUGUCGAAUUAUCUAACAAUAAUUUUUCAAACUGUUCCCACUCAAUUAAUCAUUCACUAUCCACUAAAUCAGAUUCAUCUUUAGUCAUGCAAAAUUCAUGUGCUACGCCAGUUAAUCCGAAAAGAGGAUUAUCUCCCGACUUUCCGGGAUCUCUGAAGACUUACCUAUUUGUACCGAACAAUCCAGAUGAUGAACAGGUGGUUUGCAAUCCAGAAUCUAAAGUUAUUUCAGAGUCACAAGAAGAUCCUGAGUUUUGCGAUGGUCUAUCAAUUCAUCUGGCUCCUCUUCCUCCGAAGAAAGCUACAGUAAAGCAACAAGCUGAAGAGUUGCGAUUGCAAGAGAUACGUAAAGUUCGUGUUUCCCUCUCUGAAUAUCGUCGACGUCGUGGUCUGCCAGCCCUCACACCCGCUACGGAACGAAAUCAUAAGCAGACGAAAGAGCCGCUAGAUCAAUCAAACGGUAAUAUUGAUAAUUUAGAAAUUAUAAUCCCACCAACUCUGAUUAGUCCUGACCGACUUCUAAUAACGCUCCCAAAUCUUCACAAUGAGUCAAGGCCAUCCUCUGACGUAAAAAGUUCUGAUGGAUUACUGCAGAAAAUUACAACAUUGAACAUGAAACCUGAGGUUCUUCAUGAUUACAAUCAACCCCUAUCACCUUACACAAAUACACCAAAAAGAUGUGAAUUCGAUAGCGAACGUGAUUUUAUUGAUGCAAAAGUAAGUGAACGUGGACCUCGAACACCAAGCGAGCCACCAGAUGAUGACGAUGAUGAAGAUAUCGGGGUCGAUUCUACAAAUCCCGUUAGUAGAGGUGCUCUUAGUAGUUCUCCUGAACCGUUCAUAAGAUUUCCUGGUAAAGUGCUUUCUUCUCACAGCUCACCAACAUCUACAUUCUCGGACUCUCGUAUAGCCUCAGAAAAGCUACCUUUCAGGAACAGUUCACCUCCAGAUGUGAAUUCUAGCAAAUUUUCUGAUUCGCGCUUCCAGGCUAACAUGUUUGCUUCUUCGAAACCAAUUAAUCGUGAAAAUCUUUUACAUGACAUCGAUCAUGCUAAGGAGUACGAUCAAGAUCGUAUUGGGUCCGAAGUUGUAGAUCACAAGCCUUCAGUUAAUAUACCAGUUUCUACUAAACAAGUACAUUUUGAUAGACUGGCUCAUUACUAUAAGAAGACAUUUAACUUAGAUGAUUCUCAACAUCUGUAUGGUUUGGUGAUUUCCACAAGUGCAAGUAUAAGAAUGGAAGCACAAGAUAGCUGUCAUUAG